AUGUGUGAGUCGACGUCCAUCCACCCCAAUUCGUCGCUUUCCCCUCACCCAUUCGCCCUUUCAACACUCUCUUCAUCCUACUCGACUUCGUCCUCAGCCUCUUACACAUCGGGAGGUUCCUCGCCCAACACCUCUCCGUCGACAUCUCCGACCGAAACUACCUCCAACUCGCACAUUCUGUCACCUUCUCCUUCAGAAUUGACGCCUUAUCCUGCCAAGGGACUCUCACCUGCAAGGCUGGCAGCCAUGCUGGAAAAGGGGGCGACCAACAGUCAAGGAGCAGGUUCUCGCCCAUUAUUGUUGGAUCUUCGGGCCUUGCCUGAUUUUGAGCCUGCCUCGAUUGUGUACUCGAUCAACAUCAACCUCCCGACGCUGCUCAUGCGACGCUACAGGAAAGGAGGAGCCGUUUCAUCGUUUGCCCUGGAGUCGUUUAUUACCAUCCCCUCAGACAAGGACCUAUAUCACUUGAUUCAAGAUGGAUGGAGACAGGAUCGGGAUAUCCAUGGAAACGAGACCACUGUCCGUGAUAUUGUUGUACUGGAUCAUGAGAUGAGGCCGGGUCAGGAAGAGUAUGGCCGGUCAGCCAGCCCUGCAUGGACCGUGGUCAGCGUCCUGGAGCGAGGCGGAGGCAACUGUGGUGGAAAUGGGCCAAUUCAAAUUUGGUUCUUGGAAGGCGGCUUUGAGGCUUUCCAAGCUUGGGAUGCUAGUGAAAAGUAUAUCCGCCGUCCUGGAUCUGAGUUUGGAAGCGGUGGCCAUCAGGACGAUGUUGAGAUGACUCACGCCGAGCUCGAGAGUGGAGAUCUCCACCCUCUCUCGAUGCCAUUGUCCCUGUCUCGCAGCACAACGUCGUCCACCAUGACAGAUGCCAAGACUGCUCAGGCGAUCGAUAAUGCUGUCUCGUUGACGAACGCCUCUCUCGGCGGCGCACCCCGCCAGCGCGGCCCAGCUCGCCGCGAGAGUUUGUUCUCUCUCAACACAAAGUCAUUGGCACGGCCAGCAGGAUUAUCGCGGGCACAGACGAUCGGUGUGAGUGCUCUGAACAUCAAGCCGCUUUCAAUCCCCUCGACCAACAAUCCUUCGUUGCAACCACUUCAGGAGGGCUCUAGCAUGGGACCUGGCCUUCAGCUGCCGCCGCUUCGCAACAAAGGUAGUUGGCUGACGGUUCCUACAGGGGGUGCCUCCUCGUUGUCUCCAUCCCUGUCGCUCAAUGUUCAUCACGCCAACAGCAGCGGACACCCCCUGGACAUGUCGCAUUCCAACACUACCGAUCCCGCCUUGACUUGGUCUGCCAACUCUGGUGUCUCAACUGUUGGAGGCGACUCUCAGCACCCACUGGCGCUGACAAUGGGAUCCAAAAAGUCGUUUUCGUCGACUACAACCACCCUCGCCUCUUUGUAUCCUUGUGGCGGAGGAGCUGGCAAGGGCAUCCAAGAGGAGGAAGAGGAGGAGAGCAGCGAUGGCCUUCGCCGCAGAGCCUUCAGGGAUGACAUGCCCCCACCAACACCAUCUGGGUUCGGCCCAACUUCGUCGUUUUUCGAUCUGGGCGUCAACCCUGGCAAGAGUGGCGGCCCUCUUGAUAUGGGCGAGUCUCGCAUGUUCUCGGAGGGUAUUGAGAGCUUUACCAACAACCCCAGCUACAGGAGCCCCUUCCAGUACCCGCAACAACAGCAAUUCCAGUAUGGAUACGAUGACGAUUCUAUGGCGGAUGCAGAUGAUGGUGAACAGGAAAUCUCGUGUAUCUUGCCUGAGUUUUUGUACCUGGGUCCCGAGAUCGUCACGGCCGAGCAGGUUCAGGAAUUGGAACGACUAGGUGUCAAGCGCGUUUUGAACAUGGCGCGUGAGUGCGAGGACCUCUUGAUCGUUAACCAUCCUACUAUCGAGUACCACAAGGUCGGUGUUCUUGACAACAUCGAAGCCGAUGUCAGUGCCGGUCUCCUUGAAGCCGUCGACGUCAUUGCUGCUUCUGCGGAUUCUCCAAUCUACGUGCACUGCAAGGCCGGCAAGUCGCGGUCGGUGACUGCAACGAUCGCCUACCUGAUCACUCAGCUUCAAUGGCCACUCAACAAGGCCUACAACCACGUUCUGGCCCAGCGACCCUGCAUGUGCCCCAACAUUGGAUUCGUGACGGAGCUGAUGAGGAUGGAGGAGCGGAUCCUGGGCAAUGACCGUGCGGGCGGAUUGGUCCGUGCGGGGUCGUUGAACAGUAUCCUGUCGCUCUCGACCGCCGGGACUGGAACGGGGCACCACCAGCACCACUACCAGCACCACAGUCUUCAGCACCACCACUCGUUGAGCAUGAGUGGUUCUCCCAAGGCUCUGAGCACCAAGACCAGUGUCAACAGUUUUGCAAUGAUGUCUCCCCUUCACCACGGCGGCAUCUAA